AUGUCGAUUUCCAUCAACAGUACUUACGGCAACAACAAUCUUGACAACUGUGUCAGCACAAUCAACCACAACCGAGCCCAGAACAACAACAGCUGCUCCCACAACAACCACAGCCACAGCAAUGACGACUACAGCUGCUCCCACAACAACCACGCUGUGGGUACGAAAAGAAGAGCUGAGGCAAGAAAAAACAAAGCUGCACCCACAACAACCACAGCUGCGGAUACGACGAGAAGAGAAGUCGCAAAAAAAAACACAGCUGCCCCCAAAACAUCACCAGCUUCAAGAACAACAACAUCACGGGCAACAACACCCAGAACCCUGCAAUCAACAAACAAUCACAGCAACAACGAAAGCUGUUCCCAAAAAACCCAUAGAUGCACCCACAACAACCACAGUGUCUCGCACAACAACUGCAGCAGCUCCAACAACAGCUUCCCCUACAACAACCACAUAUUCUCCUACAGCAACCACAGCUGCGGCUACAACAACCAAAUUCAUCCCUGCUCCCACAACAACAACAGCUUCUCCCACAACAACCACAGUUGCAGCUACAACAACCACUGCUCCAGCAACAACAACCGAAGGGCUGGCCUCAACAACCACAGCUGCUCCAACAACAACCACAGCUGCACAAACAACAACCACAGCUUCUCCCACAACAACCAAAGCUUCUCCCACAACAACCACAACUUCUCCCACAACAACCACAGCUCCUACCACAACAUCCACAGCUUAUCCCAAAACAACCACAGUUGCAGCUACAACAACAAGAGCUGCAGCAACAACAACCGAAGUGCUGGCCUCAACAACCACAGCUGCGCCAACAACAACCACAGCUGCCACAACAACAACCAAAGCUUCUCCCACAGCAACCACAGUUGCAGCUACAACAACCACUGCUCCAGCAACAACAACCGAAGGUUGCAGCUACAACCACCACAGCUGCAGCAACAACAACAGAACUUAUCCCACAACAACCACAGUUGCAGCAACAACAACAAGAGCUGCAGCAACAACAACCGAAGUGCUGGCCUCAACAACAACAGCUGCUCCAACAACAACCACAGCUGCACAAACUACAACCACAGCUUAUCCCACAACAACCACGGCUUCUCCCACAACAACCACAGCUGCUCCAACAACAACCACAGCUUCUCAAAUAACAACCACAGCUUCUCUCACAACAACCACAGAAUCUCCCACAACAACCACAGUUGCAGCUACAACCACCACAGCUGCAGCAACAACAACAGAAGUGCUGACCUCAACAACCACAGCUGCUCCAACAACAACCACAGCUGCACAAACUACAACAACAGCUUCUCCCACAACAACCACAGCUUCUCCCACAACAACCACAUCUUCUCCCACAACAACCACAGCUUCUCCCACAACAACCACAUCUUCUACCACAACAACCACAGUUGCAGCUACAACAACAAGAGCUUCUCCCACAACAACCAAAGCUUCUCCCACAACAACCACAACUUCUCCCACAACAACCACAGCUCCUACCACAACAUCCACAGCUUAUCCAAAAACAACCACAGUUGCAGCUACAACAACAAGAGCUGCAGCAACAACAACCGAAGUGCUGGCCUCAACAACCACAGCUGCUCCAACAACAACCACAGCUGCUCCAACAACAACCACCAUUGCAGCGACAAUAACAAGAGCUGCAUCAACAACAACCGAAAUGCUGGCCUCAACAAACACAGCUGCUCGAACGACAACCACAGUUGCACAAACUACAACAGCUUCUCCCACAACAACCACAGCUUCUCCCACAACAACCACAGCUUCUCACACAACAACCACAGCUUCUCCCACAACAUUCACAACUUCUCACACAACAACCACAGCAUCUCUCACAACAAACACAGAAUCUCCCACAACAGCCACAAUUGCAGCUACAACCACCACAGCUGCAGGAACAACAACCGAAGUGCUGGCCUCGACAACCACAGCUGCUCCAACAAUAACCACAGCUCCACAAACUUCAACAACAGCUUAUCCCACAACAACCGCAGCUUCUCCCACAACAACCACAUCUUCUCCCACAACAACCACAGCUUCUCCCACAACAACCACAGCUUAUCCCACAACAACCACAGUUGCAGCUACAACAACAAGAGCUGCAGCAACAACAGCCGAAGUGCUGGCCUCAACAACCACAGCUGCUCCAACAACAACCACAGCUGCACAAACUACAACAACAGCUUCUCCCACAACAACCACAGCUUCUCCCACAACAACCACAGAAUCGCCCACAACAACCACAGUUGCAGCUACAACCACCACAGCUGCAGCAACAACAACCGAAGCGCUGGCCUCAACAACCACAGCUGCUCCAACAACCACCACAGCUGCACAAACUACAACAAGAGCUUCUCCUUCAACAACCAGAGCUUCUCCCACAACAACCACAGCUUCUCCCACAACAACCACAGCUCCUACCACAACAAUUGCACAAACUACAACAGCUUCUCCCACAACAACCACAGCUUCUCCCACAACAACCACAGCUUCUCACACAACAACCACAGCUUCUCCCACAACAUUCACAACUUCUCACACAACAACCACAGCAUCUCUCACAACAAACACAGAAUCUCCCACAACAGCCACAAUUGCAGCUACAACCACCACAGCUGCAGGAACAACAACCGAAGUGCUGGCCUCGACAACCACAGCUGCUCCAACAAUAACCACAGCUCCACAAACUUCAACAACAGCUUAUCCCACAACAACCGCAGCUUCUCCCACAACAACCACAUCUUCUCCCACAACAACCACAGCUUCUCCCACAACAACCACAGCUUAUCCCACAACAACCACAGUUGCAGCUACAACAACAAGAGCUGCAGCAACAACAUCCGAAGUGCUGGCCUCAACAACCACAGCUGCUCCAACAACAACCACAGCUGCACAAACUACAACAACAGCUUCUCCCACAACAACCACAGCUUCUCCCACAACAACCACAGAAUCGCCCACAACAACCACAGUUGCAGCUACAACCACCACAGCUGCAGCAACAACAACCGAAGCGCUGGCCUCAACAACCACAGCUGCUCCAACAACCACCACAGCUGCACAAACUACAACAAGAGCUUCUCCUUCAACAACCAGAGCUUCUCCCACAACAACCACAGCUUCUCCCACAACAACCACAGCUCCUACCACAACAACUCCUACCACAGCAACCACAGCUCCUACCACAACAACCACAGCGUAUCCCACAACAACCACAGUUGCAGCUACAACAACCGAAGUGCUGGCCUCAACAACCACAGCUGCUCCAACAACAACCACAGCUGCACAAACUACAACAACAGCUUCUCCCACAACAACCACAGCUUCUCCCACAACAACCACAGCUUCUCCCACAACAACCACAGCUUCUCCAACAACAACCACAGCUCCUACCACAACAAGCACAGCUGCACAAACGAUAACCACAGCUGCACAAUCGACAACCACAGCUUCUCCCACAAAAAACACAGUUUCUCCCACAACAACCACAAUUGCAGCUACAACCACCACAGCUGCAGCAACAACAACCGAAGUGCUGGCCUCAAGAACCACAGCUGCUCCAACAACAACUACAGCUGCACAAACGACAACCACAGCUUCUCCCACAACAACUCUUAUCCCACAACAACCACAGCUUAUCCCAACAACCACAGUUGCAGCUACAACAACAAGAGCUGCAGCAACAACAUCCGAAGUGCUGGCCUCAACAACCACAGCUGCUCCAACAACAACCACAGCUGCACAAACUACAACAACAGCUUCUCCCACAACAACCACAGCUUCUCCCACAACAACCACAGAAUCGCCCACAACAACCACAGUUGCAGCUACAACCACCACAGCUGCAGCAACAACAACCGAAGCGCUGGCCUCAACAACCACAGCUGCUCCAACAACCACCACAGCUGCACAAACUACAACAAGAGCUUCUCCUUCAACAACCAGAGCUUCUCCCACAACAACCACAGCUUCUCCCACAACAACCACAGCUCCUACCACAACAACUCCUACCACAGCAACCACAGCUCCUACCACAACAACCACAGCUUAUCCCACAACAACCACAGUUGCAGCUACAACAACCGAAGUGCUGGCCUCAACAACCACAGCUGCUCCAACAACAACCACAGCUGCACAAACUACAACAACAGCUUCUCCCACAACAACCACAGCUUCUCCCACAACAACCACAGCUUCUCCCACAACAACCACAGCUUCUCCAACAACAACCACAGCUCCUACCACAACAACUUAUCCCACAACAACCACAGUUGCAGCUACAACAACAAGAGCUGCAGCAACAACAUCCGAAGUGCUGGCCUCGACAACCACAGCUGCUCCAACAAUAACCACAGCUCCACAAACUUCAACAACAGCUUAUCCCACAACAACCGCAGCUUCUCCCACAACAACCACAUCUUCUCCCACAACAACCACAGCUUCUCCCACAACAACCACAGCUUAUCCCACAACAACCACAGUUGCAGCUACAACAACAAGAGCUGCAGCAACAACAUCCGAAGUGCUGGCCUCAACAACCACAGCUGCUCCAACAACAACCACAGCUGCACAAACUACAACAACAGCUUCUCCCACAACAACCACAGCUUCUCCCACAACAACCACAGAAUCGCCCACAACAACCACAGUUGCAGCUACAACCACCACAGCUGCAGCAACAACAACCGAAGCGCUGGCCUCAACAACCACAGCUGCUCCAACAACCACCACAGCUGCACAAACUACAACAAGAGCUUCUCCUUCAACAACCAGAGCUUCUCCCACAACAACCACAGCUUCUCCCACAACAACCACAGCUCCUACCACAACAACUCCUACCACAGCAACCACAGCUCCUACCACAACAACCACAGCGUAUCCCACAACAACCACAGUUGCAGCUACAACAACCGAAGUGCUGGCCUCAACAACCACAGCUGCUCCAACAACAACCACAGCUGCACAAACUACAACAACAGCUUCUCCCACAACAACCACAGCUUCUCCCACAACAACCACAGCUUCUCCCACAACAACCACAGCUUCUCCAACAACAACCACAGCUCCUACCACAACAACUUAUCCCACAACAACCACAGUUGCAGCUACAACAACAAGAGCUGCAGCAACAACAUCCGAAGUGCUGGCCUCAACAACCACAGCUGCUCCAACAACAACCACAGCUGCUCCAACAACAACCACAGCUCCACAAACUUCAACAACAGCUUAUCCCACAACAACCGCAGCUUCUCCCACAACAACCACAUCUUCUCCCACAACAACCACAGCUUCUCCCACAACAACCACAGCUUAUCCCACAACAACCACAGUUGCAGCUACAACAACAAGAGCUGCAGCAACAACAUCCGAAGUGCUGGCCUCAACAACCACAGCUGCUCCAACAACAACCACAGCUGCACAAACUACAACAACAGCUUCUCCCACAACAACCACAGCUUCUCCCACAACAACCACAGAAUCUCCCACAACAACCACAGUUGCAGCUACAACCACCACAGCUGCAGCAACAACAACCGAAGCGCUGGCCUCAACAACCACAGCUGCUCCAACAACCACCACAGCUGCACAAACUACAACAACAGCUUCUCCCACAACAACCACAGCUUCUCCCACAACAACCACAGCUUCUCCCACAACAACCACAGCUUCUCCAACAACAACCACAGCUCCUACCACAACAAGCACAGCUGCACAAACGAUAACCACAGCUGCACAAUCGACAACCACAGCUUCUCCCACAAAAACCACAGUUUCUCCCACAACAACCACAAUUGCAGCUACAACCACCACAGCUGCAGAAACAACAACCGAAGUGCUGGCCUCAAGAACCACAGCUGCUCCAACAACAACUACAGCUGCACAAACGACAACAACAGCUUCUCCCACAACUACAUCUUCUCCCACAACAGCCACAGUUGCAGCGACAACAUCCACUGCUGCAGCAACAACAACCGAAGUGCCGGCCUCAAAAACCACAGCUGCUCCAACAACAACCACAGUUGCACAAACAACAACAGCUUCUCCCACAACAACCACAGCUUCUCCCACAACAACCACAGAAUCUCCCACAACCACAGCUUCUCCCACAACAACCGCAGUUACAGCUACAACAUCCACUGCUGCAGCAACAACAACCGAAGUGCUGGCCUCAACAACCACAGCUGCACCAACAACAACCACAGCUGCAGAAACUACAACAACAGCUUCUCCCACAACUACAUCUUCUCCCACAACAGCCACAGUUGCAGCGACAACAUCCACUGCUGCAGCAACAACAACCGAAGUGCUGGCCUUAACGACCACAGCUGCUCCAACAGCAAUCACAGAUUCUCCCACAACAACCACAGCUUCUCCCACAACAACCACAGCGUCUCACACAACAACCACAGUUUCUCUCAUAACAACCACAGCGUCUCCCACAACAACAACAGCUUCUCCCACAACAACCACAGCUUCUGCCACAACAACCACAGAAUAUCCCACAACCACAGCUUCUCCCACAACAACCACAGUUGCAGCUACAACAACAACAGCUGCAGCAACAACAACCGAAGUGCUGGCCUCAACAACCACAGCUGCUCCAUCAACAACCAGAGCUUCUCCCACAACAAAAACAGCUUCUCCCACAACAACCACAGCUUCUCUCAUAACAACCACAGCGACUCCCACAACAACCACAGCUUCUCCCAUAGCAAUCACAGAUUCUCCCACAACAACCACAGCUUCUCCCACAACAGCAACAUUUUCUCCCACAACAACCACAGCUUCUCUCAUAACAACCGCAGCUUCUCCCACAUCAACCACAGUUACAGCUACAACAUCCACUGCUGCAGCAACAACAACCGAAUUGCAGCUACAACAACCACAGCUGCAGCAACAACAACCGAAGUGCUGGCCUCAACAACCACAGCUGCUCCAUCAACAACCACAGCUGAACAAACUACAACAACAGCCUUCUCUCAUAACAACCACAGCGUCUCCCACAACAACCACAGCUUCUCCCACAACAACCACAGUUACAGCUACAACAUCCACUGCUGCAGCAACAACAACCGAAGUGCUGGCCUCAACAACCACAGCUGCACCAACAACAACCACAGCUACAGAAACUACAACAACAGCUUCUCCCACAACUACAUCUUCUCCCACAACAACCACAGUUGCAGCCACAACAUCCACUGCUGCAGCAACAACAACCGAAGUGCUGGCCUUAACGACCACAGCUGCUCCAACAGCAAUCACAGAUUCUCCCUCAACAACCACAGCUUCUCCCACAACAACCACAGCGUCUCCCACAACAACCACAGUUUCUCUCAUAACAACCACAGCGUCUCCCACAACAACCACAGCUGCUCCAACAACAACCACAGCUGCACAAGCUACAAAAACAGCUUCUCCCACAACUACAUCUUCUCCCACAACAACCACAGUUGCAGCGACAACAACAAGAGCUGCAGAAACAACAACCGAAGUGCUGGCCUUAACGACCACAGCUGCUCCAACAGCAAUCACAGAUUCUCUCAAAACAACCACAGCUUAUCCCACAACAAAAACAGCUUCUCCCACAACAACCACAGCUUCUCUCAUAACAACCACAGCUUAUCCCACAACAAAAACAGCUUCUCCCACAACAACCACAGCUUCUCUCAUAACAACCACAGCGUCUCCCACAACAACCACAGCUUCUCCAACAACAACCACAGUUGCAGCGACAACAACAAGAGCUGCAGCAACAACAACCGAAGUGCUGGCCUCAACAACCACAGCUGCUCCAACAACAACCACAGCUGCACAAACGACAACCACAGCUUCUCCCACAACAACCACAGUUGCAGCUACAACAACAAAAGCUGCAGCAACAACAACCGAAGCUCUGACCUCAACAACCACAGCUGCUCCAACAGCAAUCACAGACUCUCCCACAGCAACCACAGCUUCUCCCACAACAACCACAGCUGCUCCAACAACAAUCACAGAUUCACCCACAACAACUACAUCCGUCUCAACAAAAACAGCUGCUCACCAAACAACCACAGAAACCCCAAUGACAUACACAGCUGCAGCUUUGACGAGUACAGCUGUGGCUACAAAAAGCACAGCUACACCAACGACAACCACAACUCAACCUACAGUGACCACAGAUGCUACCACAAUGACCUUAGCUUCACCAUCGACAACCACAGCUGCACCUACUGCAACAACAGCUUCUCUCACAACAACUACAGAUGCAACAACAAUUCCUGUAACAACAACAGCAGCUCCAACAACAACAGAAGCCCCAACAACAACACCAGCUGCUACUACAACAACCACAGCUGCACCAACGACAACCACAGCUCCACCUACGGCGACAACUGCCACUACCACAAUGAGCUCAGAUUCACCUUCGACAUCCACAGCUGCACCUACAGCAACAACAGCUUCUCCCACAACAACCACAGCUGUACCAACGGCAAUAACAUUCCCUCUCACAACAACAAUGGCUCCAACAACAACAGCAGCUCCAAAAACAUCACCAGCUGCACCAACAAUAACCACAGCUCUACCUACAUCGACCACAGAUGCUUCCACACCAAACUCAGCUUCACCUUCAACAACCACAACAGCAACUACAGCAACAGCAGCUUCUCUCACAACAACCACAGCUGCACCUACUGCAACAACAGCUUCUCUCACAACAACUACAGAUGCAACAACAAUUCCUGUAACAACAACAAUGGCUUCAACAACAACAGCAGCUCCAACAACAACAGAAGCCUCAACAACAACACCAGCUGCUACUACAACAAACACAGCUGCACCAACGACAACCACAGCUCCAGCUACAAUGACCACAGCAGCUCCCACAACAGCCACAGCAUCAUCUUCGACUACCACUGCUGCUGCUACUGCCACCACUGCCGCCCUCAAAAUGACCACAGUGUCUGCCACAACAACCACAGCUACUCACACAACAAACACAGCUGA